UGGCUCGUCGCCAUCUUAGCUGGCUGUGAAAUCGCUCAUUCAUCAGUCGCUGUUUUGUGCCUUUGCCAGCAUCGAACAAACAUAACCCCCUCGCGAAAGCAGGUGCACAACGAUGAAGAUGGAAAGCAACGGACAGGAUGGGACAUCGUGCGUACCGGAGCCGGAUCCACGGUACGGGGCCCGUUUUCCGUGGCCAUUCGCGUGGACGUCGGGCGUCCGGCAAUCGCCGCUGAACCCGGGCGAUAUGGCGAAUCUGCACGAGCGCAUCAACCACCUGCGGCCGCACUGGUUCGAAGGGUUCCAGCUGAACGUGAUGCGGAGCUGUGGCGUUAACCGUACGAUGGGAGCCAGCUGGAGCUUGAGCCACGUGACACCGACCGGUUUCCGGUUCGGUGGACACUUCCGGCGACGAUGCAGCGAUAGCGUGCUGACCACACCACUUGUAGCGUUCGAUGUGAAUCCGGGUACGCUGUGCGCGAACCUGCUGAUGCUGUACCGGCCCGUCCGUUCGGUUGGGCUCGAGCUAGCGCUACAGCUGCAGCCGGGCGCGGACCCGUUCGUGGAUGAGCUUUCGCUGCAGUAUACGGGCCGCAGUCGGACGUCCACUGUGCGUUGCAGUACGCCGGGCACGGCCGAUACGUACCGGGUCAGCGUGGAUCAUCUGGUCAGUCUGAACGAUCGGUUGUGCUUCGGUGUGGAGUUGCUGUGCGAGUGCUACCGGGGCACAUAUAACACCAAUGUGGCCUUUGCUGGAAGAUAUAAUCGGGAAACGUACACACUGGCCGCCACAGUUUCUCCCGAUGCGUUCGAUUUGAGUUACUGGCAAAAAGUGUCCAACACGCUGCAGAUGGGCUCGUCAAUGAUUGUGAAUCAGCGCCAGAACCGAGCACUCGGUAGCGUCUGCUAUCGGCUGGAGCACGCGGACACCGUGAUCCGUGGGUCGUUCGAUUCCGAUUGGAGCAUCGGCUUCACUUACGGCAGAAAGCUUACGCCGGCCGCAUUCACCGCCUGUGUGAGUUUGUUGUUUUGCGCGCCGAAAAACACGUUCCAGUGUGGAUUUCGGAUUGAUUUGGAUUCUAAUUUGCUGUGA